ACAAAAAUGGAAGGAAAUAAAGAAGAAAAUGGGAGAAAAAGGAAAAAGAAAAAGAAAAAGCAAAGCAAAGAAAAACGCGUUUUUCCAAAAGAGCGAGAGCACUACACUGUUUGAAUCCUUCUCCUUCUCUCUCCAUUACUUACCUUUCUCUCUCUACUCUCUCUAAUCACAGACCCCCAAUUUUAAAUUUAAUUAAUUUAGGGUUAGGGUUUCCAGACCCCCAUAUAAACCAUUUCUUCUGCUUACCAACUGCUACUGAAAGAGCAAGGGUUUAGGGUUUUAAUCCUGUACAUGAUUUUUAGAUACCCUUUUGAGGGUUCUAAAAUGGGCGUCUCUUGUUUUUCUUCUUCAGUUAUCAAAUGGCAUUCUUUAUGGCUGCUUUAUCUCUCACUAAUUGGUGUCGUUUUGAGCUCUUCAGACAAAUCAGUGCUGCUGGACUUCAAGAACUCAGUGUCUGACGACUCGGGGUUGCUGUCUAGUUGGAAUCUGAUAAACUCAAAUCACUGCUCUUGGACUGGUGUGUCAUGCGAUGUCAACUCACGUGUUGUGUCUCUGAACAUCACUGGACAUGGUAACAACAAUAGAGGUAAGAACAGUAGUGGAAAUGGAAGCUUUUUCUUUUGUUCUGGUUCUGUUAAGUAUCCGCUUUACGGGGCUGGGAUUAGAAGAGAAUGUAAGAGUGAUAAUGGUGUUUUGGUGGGUAAGUUGUUACCUUUGAUCACUAAGUUAACUGAAUUAAGGAUUUUAUCGUUGCCCUUUAAUGGGCUCAGUGGGGAGAUACCUAGUGAGUUAUGGGGCAUGGAGAAUUUGGAAGUUCUUGAUCUAGAGGGGAAUAUGAUGACCGGGUCUCUGCCGGUUUCAUUUUCUGGGUUGAGGAAUUUGCAGGUGUUGAAUUUGGGGUUUAAUAAGAUUGAAGGAGAAAUACCCAGCUCACUCGCUAAUUUUGGAAAUUUAAAGAUCUUAAAUUUGGCUGGUAAUUAUGUAAAUGGGACGAUUCCUGCAUUUAUUGGUGGAUUUGUGGGCGUGUAUUUGUCUUUGAAUCAGCUUGGCGGGGCAGUGCCUAGCGAAAUUGGAUACAGGUGCGAGAAACUUGAACACUUGGAUUUGUCUGGCAACUUCAUUGUUGGAGGGAUCCCUGGCAGUUUAGGGAAUUGUGGUAGCUUGAGGACAUUGUUAUUGUAUUCGAAUUUGUUUGAAGAGGUUAUUCCAGCUCAACUUGGUAGCCUUGAAAAUCUUGAAGUCUUGGAUGUAUCGAGAAACAGUCUUAGCGGUACAAUACCUCGGGAGCUUGGAAAUUGCUCUGCUUUGUCUGUGCUUGUGCUUUCAAAUAUGUUUGACCCAUACCAAGAUGUUAACAGUUCAAGAGGGGAUUAUUUGCGCGAUGAAUUGAGUUUUGCAAAUGAAGAUUUCAACUUUUUUCAAGGGGGAAUUCCUGUGGAAAUUAUGAAUCUCCCAAACCUGAGAAUGCUGUGGGCACCAAGUGCAACUCUAGAGGGCCUCCUGCAGUUUAACCGGGGUGCAUGUGAUAAAUUGGAGAUUAUGAAUUUGGCUCAUAACUUUUUCUCGGGGGAAAUUCCAGGCGACCUCAGCCUGUGUCAUAAGUUGUGGUAUUUGGACUUGAGUUGCAAUAGGCUUGAGGGUGAGCUUGUUGAGGAGCUCCGAGUUCCUUGUAUGACUGUGUUUGAUGUUAGUGGAAACUCUCUGUCUGGUUCAAUCCCUAGUUUUCAAAACAACAGUUGCCAAUCAGCCCCUUCAUCUAAUGGUUAUCCAUCAUCUUCGUAUCUAUCAUAUUUCGCUAACAAAGCUCAAUCUGGGAGUCCUGUGCAGCCACUUGGGGAAGACAGUGAAAGUUUAGUCCUUCAUAACUUUGGAGGCAACAAUUUUACUGGCCGUAUCCAGUCCAUACCGAUUGCACCUGUUAGAUUAGGGAAACAAACUGCAUAUGCAUUUUUAGCUGGAGAAAAUAAGCUGGAUGGGCCAUUCCCAGGGGUCUUGUUUGAGAAGUGUGACCAAUUUGGAAAAAUGGUUCUUAAUGUUAGCUACAACAUAAUGUCAGGUGAGAUCCCAGCUAAUAUUGGUAAGAUGUGCAGAUCUCUCAAACUUUUGGAUGCAUCUGGCAAUCAGAUUACUGGGGGCAUUCCUCCUAGUGUUGGUGAAUUGGCGUCUCUUGUUUAUCUUAACUUGAGUUGGAAUUUAUUACAGGGUCAAAUUCCUAACCAUCUCAGUCGAAUAAAGAGCCUGAAGUAUCUUUCUUUGGCUGGUAAUAAAAUGAAUGGUUCUAUCCCUUCUAGUCUGGGCGAGCUGCAAUCUCUGGAAGUGCUUGAUCUUUCUGCAAACAUGCUUUCUGGAGAGAUUCCGAAGAAUUUUGUUAAUUUGAGAAACCUUACUGCUCUUCUACUUAAUGACAACAAACUCUCGGGGCAGAUCCCUGCUGGUUUGGCAAAUGUAACUAUGCUCUCAGCAUUCAAUGUCUCCUUUAAUAACUUGUCUGGGCCGUUGCCAUUGAGUAACAAUUUGAUGAAAUGCAGUAGCGUUCUUGGAAACCCUUUUCUACGGCCUUGCCAUGUUUUCUCGUUAACAGUUCCUACUCCAGAUCCUGGAAGUCCUGGUGGCGCACACGGCAGUACCGUUUCAUCGGCAAAUCAGAGACAAGGGAGUAGGAGCAAUGGGUUCAAUUCUAUUGAGAUAGCAUCAAUAGCAUCUGCAUCAGCCAUUGUUUCAGUUCUUCUAGCUCUGAUUGUUCUAUUCCUAUAUACCAGGAAGUGGAGUCCAAGGUCCAAAGUUAUGGCAACUACUAAGAAGGAAGUUACUAUAUUUACAGAUAUAGAUGUUCCCAUAACGUUUGAGAAUGUUGUGAGGGCGACUGGGAGCUUCAAUGCUAGCAACUGCAUUGGCCAUGGCGGUUUUGGGGCUACUUAUAAAGCAGAAGUAUCUCCCGGUGUCUUAGUGGCAAUUAAAAGGCUUUCAGUUGGACGAUUUCAGGGCGUUCAGCAGUUCCAUGCUGAAAUUAAAACUCUUGGAAGGCUCCACCAUCCGAAUCUGGUCACACUGAUCGGUUAUCAUGCCAGUGAAACUGAAAUGUUCCUUAUUUAUAAUUAUCUGCCCGGUGGUAAUUUGGAAAAGUUCAUCCAGGAAAGAUCCACUAGGGCUGUGGAUUGGAGGGUACUUCAUAAGAUUGCUUUGGACAUAGCCCGAGCACUUGCUUACCUCCACGAUCAGUGUGUACCACGUGUACUACAUCGCGACGUCAAGCCCAGUAAUAUCCUCCUAGAUGACGAUUUUAACGCGUAUUUGUCUGACUUUGGUUUAGCCAGGCUUUUGGGAACUUCCGAAACACAUGCUACUACAGGUGUGGCUGGAACUUUUGGUUAUGUAGCUCCGGAAUAUGCAAUGACUUGCCGUGUUUCAGAUAAGGCUGAUGUUUACAGUUACGGGGUUGUGCUUUUAGAGUUGCUUUCUGAUAAGAAAGCAUUGGAUCCGUCAUUUUCGUCAUUCGGUAAUGGUUUCAACAUUGUUGCCUGGGCGUGCAUGCUUUUGAGACAGGGGCGGGCAAAGGAGUUUUUUACUGCUGGAUUAUGGGAUGCUGGCCCCCAUGAUGAUCUGGUUGAAGUGUUGCAUCUGGCAGUUGUAUGCACGGUUGACUCGCUAUCAACCAGACCGACAAUGAAACAAGUCGUACGGCGAUUAAAGCAACUUCAACCGCCGUCUUGUUAGCUGCGUAGUUAAGGUUUGUACUUUAUUAAAACUGUAAUUUGUAGAAUGUGCUUAGGUAGAGCUCAGCUGUAGUUAUUGGUUCCCACUUGUAAAUUGUAAUAUAGUUUCGCCCCAUUUUUCAAAUGAUGUUUCCCUGAUUAGGGGCUUAUGAUAAUCUGCAGAAGAGUGCAGAUAUUAAUUCUCUACGCUCUAUACUGUGUAUCUCUGUUUCAUUUGCUUAAUAAAAACCAUAGAAUAGAGUAUUUCCGGAA